CACCAUCUUGCCCUUUCAGCCUGAAACAGAAAACAAAAUGGCGUCCUGGCAAUGGAGGUGGGCGUGGCCUUUGUCUCCAUUUCCCAUUGAAGCUCUCUUUCUCCAGGGCGGGGCUUUGCUCCUUAUAUCUGUGCCUGGCAUAACAACCAGACACAGUCUGGAUCCCAGCUGUUCCAAAUACCAUGUCUGUCUCCUGGGUGUGUUUCCUUUUGCCACUGGCUUUUGUGCUGGCCUGGGGAGAACCACCCCAAGGGGAAGAGCAACAGUUUAGACGUCCACCACCCCCUCCAAGCCGCGAACAAAUUGCAGCAGCCCUGCAGGCAAGCCAUGGCGUUUGGGCAAAGCAACGCAAGGCGAUGCAAGACCAGGCUGUCAAAGCUCACGAAAUGUUCGUGGAGCACUUGAACAAGAAGCACAACAGCAAGUACCAGAAAGCGCCAGGAGAGGUGACCCACAUUAUGGUGGAGGUAAGACUGGAAGUGAUGCCAGACAGCAUUUGUGGUGUAUUGGUUAGAGCAGGGUUUCCCAAACUUGGGUCUCCAGCUGUUUUGGGACUACAACUCCCAUUAUCCCUUGCUAGCAGAACCAGUGGUCAGGGAUGAUGGGAACAGCUGGAGGCCCAAGUUUGGGAACCCCUGAGUUAGAGUGUUGGACUGGGACCUGGGAGACCAGGGUUCAAACCACCACUCGACCAUGAAACUCACUGAGUGUGACCUUGGGUAGACGCUGCCCCUCAAACUUACCUGCCUCAGAGGGUCACUGUGGGUAUAAAACAGGGAGGAGAAUGUACGUUACCUAGAACAUCUUUGAGAAAAAGAUGGGAUAAAUAAUAAUGCUGGCUAACCCUGGGUCACCAGGGCAAGGUGAGCAGAGCUGUAAUCAUACUUUUUCCUGCACCCCAAAAUCCAAAUCUGAAUCCCAUCACUCCCGUGGUGUCGUCCCCUGCCCCCUAUGGAGUAUAUUCAUAAAUAUCCCAUCAUUCAGAGACUCCCUAGAGUCUUUUCUGUCUAUCUCCUCAGCUAGCCAAUCACAGCUGUGAGCAGCCAGGCCAUAUUCACACCAUACAUUGAAAGCGAUAUGAUGCCACUUCAAACUGUCAUGGCUACCCUCAAAGAAUUCUGGGAGGUGUAGUGUGUUCUGAGUGCUGAGAGUCCGCGGCGUAGCGUGGGUUGCCAGCACCCGGGGCAGGGCAAGUGUAGCACACACACACCCUGCAGUGGACUGGGCAGCUGGGAUGGGGGGACAUGCAGAUGAAGGAGCACGUGGAGGGUGAACAAGAGCCUGCCUCCCACAGGCUUCUUGCCCACUGCCUUCAUCCACCUGCCCACUAGAGCAACCUGCCUGCCACCACGCCACACCACAGCUGCCAAGGAGGUAUAAUUCCCAGAUUGGCUUGACAACCAAUCCCUCUUUGCAGGGAACUCUGGGAAUUGUAGCUGUGUGAGGGGAAGAGGGGAAUGCCUAACAACUCUCAGCACCCUUAACAAAUUACAGCUCCUGUAAUUGUUUGGGAAAAGCCACAACUGUUUAAAGUGGUAUCACAGUGCUUUAAAUGUAUGCGGUGAAUGUGGGCUUAGCAAUGCAAGAGCUGUUAUUACUUAGCAGCUAAUUGAACUCAGCUUUGCUUCCUAGAGCUCCAGUCUGCUCCAUCCCAGAUGGGAUGGGAUUUGCUGGCCAUACUGAUGUUUGGGACCGGGGCUAUUAUUAUCAUCAUCAUCAUCAUCAUCAUUAGAAUUUAUAUGCCGCCCUAUACCCAGGCUUGAACCUGUGGCCCUGAGACUAAGAGCCGCAUGCUCUACUGACUGAGCUAACCAGCUCUAUUAAAUGGUUCAAACUGCAGGCAUUUUUACUCAACUACCCAACUAUGCCAACUUCUGUAGCUUCUUCCCACCUUUACACCCAGAAAAAUUUGCACGAAAAAAACCCUUAUUAAGACGAUGCAGAACACACAGACGCAGCCUUGGUGAGGAUGGGAGGCAUAGGAGUGAGGCCACUUAAGAAUUUACUUGAUUUCUCCCUCCAGAACACGAUGGGACGCAUUUACCACAUGAAUUCAGUGCUGGUGAAGGCCGAAUGUGGCAAGGACCAGGCGGAGGGGGACGCUGAGAUCUGCGAAAUCCCACUCGAUGCCAAGGUGAGGAAGAGGCCUCUUAUUACAAGGUUUUAAAAUGGGUCUGAUGAAGAUAAGGGACUGGGUUGCAGGGCUGUAGCUGCCUUUUACAGGGCCUUCUCGGUGGCUGCUCCCAGACUUUAGAACUCCCUCCCUAGAGAAGCCAGACUGUCUCCCUCCUUGUUGUUCUUCCGCUGGCAGGCGAAGACUGUUUUGUUCCGACAAGCCUCUGUUUGUUUGUUUGUUUGUUUGUUUGUUUGUUUGUUUGAAAAGGAAAAGGCCUUUAAUACUGCUGUGCUGUUUUUCGUGUCUGUAUUUUAACAAAUUUGUUUUUAAUAUUGUUUUAAUUCUGUUAGAGUUUAAUUACCGGUACUUUGUAACAGCUACCUUCAACAACAACAGCAGAUGCCGGUAUAUGGCAUAGUUGAACUGGGAAGACCUUGGGAGUCACUCACUAGCAGUCCUGUGAGGUUGGAUUGUUGCCACCACCUUUAGGCCAGAUCCACACACUGCUGGUCUGAGGCCAACACAUCUGAUUCAUUACUGGUGGGAAGGCCCUUCACACUCCGAAAUGUGGUGUGUGUUUGUAAGCACACACUCAUGUCUCAGCUACAAUGGGAUGGGGGGGGGGACACAUUUUUUUGACCCAAGGGCCACACUUCCUAGUGGGAAACCUUCCAGGGGCCGCAUUCCAGUGUCGGACAGGGCAGGGAGCAAAUGUAGGCAGAAGGUGCAAUUUCAACCAUGCAAAUGUCAUGGCGUGUCAACACAAGUCUUACCCAGAAUAGGCCCACUGAGGUUAAGGGACAUGACUAUGGCAAACUUGGGUUCAUUCAUAUGAAUGGGUCCUACUCUGAGUAGGACUUAGCUGAGCUCUGUUCAACGGCACAGUAAAUGGUGGGUGGGUGGGUUCCUCUCCCCCGCUGGAGGUACUAGUAAACUCUGUAGUUCAGGGAUGGGAAACUGGUGGCCCUCCAGAAGUUGGAGUCCACCAAUAUAUGGAGGGUCACCAGGUUACUGAAGGCUGGACUAGAAGAUCUCUCAGGUUCCUCGCAAUGCUCUGUUCCUACCAUAGCGGUGCUCCACAGAGUUAGCGAAGGCCCAUUCACACCAUACAUGCAAAGCACUAUGGUACCACUUUAAACAGUCAUGGCUCCACCCAAAGCAUUCUGGGAGUUGUAGGCUAUUAAAGGUUCUGAAAGUUGUUAGGAGGCUCCCCCAUUCCACCUCACAAAGCUACAAUUCCCAGAGCUACCAGGGAAGAGGUACUGGAUCAUGAAACUCCUCUGGGAAUUGCAGCUGUGAUGGUGAGUAGGGGAGUCUCCUAAUAAUCUCUCAGCAGCACCCUUAAACUACAGUUCCCAGGAUUCUUUUUUGGGGGGGAGGAACCAUGACUGUUUAAAGUGGUAUUGUAGCGCUUUAAACACACGGUGUCAACGGCUCCUGUGCUGUAUGAAGCUGUAUCGGCUGCCUAUUCUGAUUGGCUGCCUGUUCUCCAGAGGUUCUAGCAGCAGUGGUAAGACUCUGGGCUCUCAAAUUUCAUUGGCGCCUUGUGCGACGCUAAAAUUCUGCGCCCCCCCCCCCAACUCUUGUGCUACAUUCUACAGCAUGGUUGUGAUGCCACCUGCAACGUGGAAGAACCAGUCACUCUACCUUAAAACCACCUCUGCUGGCAAGGCUCUUAACCUGAUCUGGAGAUGCGCCAUGGAGCAUGCCAAGAAGUUUGCAAUCAUGCAAAAACAUUUGCAAUUAAAUUUCCCCCCUUCCUUUCAUGCCUGCAGAAAUGGGAGUGCAAGGGUGAAGUCGUCCAGCUUUACGGCAUCGACACACCUUACAUCCACGCUGAGGACUGCACAGAGUACCAAGGCCCCGCAGUCAUCCUGAAGUCCUCUAGUGCCACCCCAAGUGAUGAAGAAGAAGGCACUCCAUAUGUUUGAUGAGCAACCUGGGAAGAAGGAAUCAGAUCUCUCUCUCUCUCUCUUUUCCUUUUUGUCCAGGGCUCUGUAAUUAAGCAGAUCUAGACCAGCCUUUACCAAACCGGUGGCCCUCCCAGAUGCUUUGGACUACAACUCCCAUCAACCAGCCCUUGCCAGCACAGCUGAGGGGAAUUGUAGUCCGAAAUUUCUGGAGGGCCCCAGGUUGGAGAAGGCUGCUUACUGACCCUCACAUGUGCACAUUACAGAUUUAAACCAGUCUUGCUUCCCCACCAAGGAAUUGUGGUGUUCCGGGAAUUCACAAAACAACCAUUUCCGGGGAUCUACCAGGAAAUCCCUGGCAGAUACUGCUUUCAGCAGAAGGCAGAAGCACCCACAAGUUAUACCUUUUCACCUGUAAACACCAGUCUCAAAAAACCCCC